CUUGCACCUAACCUCCGAUGUCGGGCAGCUAACACCGACUAGAUGCGACCUUGCAGCAUUUUUGACACAAUGUAGACGUAACCAUCGAAGAAGACCGGCGCUCUGCAUGUUCUCGAAGAAUGCCGCCCUUCGACACGUUCCCCGCGGAUGUUCCAUUAGUUUAUUUGCGGCGUCGUCCUGUACGCAGGCAAUUCAUUAUCGAUGCAUCUCCCACCUUACUAAGCACUAACUAUUACUCUUCGACAUGCACAGAGCAAAGUCUAUGCUUAUCCGUCUCCAACGACCCGAGCCUGAGGCGCCCAUGUCCGACUUGCAGUAUGACAUUUUCCCUCGUCGCUCGAGGCUGCUGUCGUUGGAAAGCCUCAUGUCCUUUGGGAUGGGCUCGGAUCCCAAUGGAGGGACACUAUCUGGCGUAAUGUGCGCGAAUCAGAGCGGCUGGAUGCACGGGUACAAGGGCUGUGUGGAGCCGGGACUAAUGUCUUGUGCAGGGUGUUUUCUCGUCAAAUAUUGUUCCGAGCGAUGUGAAAAGCAACAUUGGCCUCGCCAUCGUAUGGCCUGUAACCACUUGUACCUCAAGCGUGAUUGGCAACCGGCUUGGAUACUAGAAAAGAGGAAGCCAAGGUUUCGUUCUAAAGACUUAUCUACCCAGCACCUUUGGGGAGAUGUCCCCGCUGUCGACAUCUUGCGAUUAGACUUCAAUGAGGGUGACCAGGCGAUAUCCCGAAACUUUAAAUUGUGCUUUGCUGCCUCAGGAGACAUUCGCAACCUUGUCGAGACGGUUAAUGGCCUGCCCAAGCAUUAUAAGGGAAAGUGCGACAUCUUACUCAACGACGUCGAUCCCAUCGUGGUGAACAGAAACCUCAUCAUCCUGUUUGCACUUCUUGGCUCUGGCCCGUCCAUGGAUGAAGCGGCUGAGCUCGCCACGCACCUCAUGUACUCCGCAGCGCUUCCUGCCGCCGGCGCUUCCUUUGUACAGCGUUGUAUCGACUACGUCUAUGGCUCCAACUCUGACGGGGACAUAUCUUACCGCGUCGUCCUCUCUACUCGAGGCUCAGGGAAGAUGAACUCAUUACAGACGUCUGCGGGCAUCAAACAUCCCGUGGAGAUGUUCAGGUCUUCUUACGACUUAUCAGUGGCACUAAAAUCCAUGCGCAGAGCGUUUGCCGAGGCCUCUAGGUCGGAUGACUAUGAUCGGUUGCUAUCAAAACUAACUCCUGGACACCGACUCGCUAUGAAACGUUUUCGAGAAACUGGCGUUCUAGCGCCCUUUUCUUUGAACACGAAUACAUUUAUGCACCCGAAUAGAUUGCUAUUCUCAGUGAAUGGAGAUUGGUUGUCAUCAGGAACUGCGAACCCUCUAUGUGGCUGGGACAUGUCGGCCGUUCAGCUGUCUGGCGAAAGGCAUGGUGUGGAGUUUGCUGACAUCUUCGGAUGCCUGUUCUUCCACGUCAAAGACCAGCUCCGCGAAUUCGCAAGAAGGAUGAAGGACUUCAAUAUCCACCUCCACCUCACGCAGUUCGAUGCCAAGAUCCUAUCGAAGGGGUUGUUCGCUGGGGUUGUACCGGCGUUUGAGGGACCUUGCUUUGACCGGGUGGAUGCCUCAAAUACAAUGGACUCUGCGGGUAUCAGAGCAUGCUUGAACGACUGGGGUCCUUUGUUGAACAGGCAGAAUGAAUGUUCCGCGAUUCUCAUCCACUCGAAAACGUGGCAUGCAGGUCGCCGAGAUGGUUCCGCCCAGGCUCAUCCGCGCACAGUCGAAUGGCUAAUGAAGAAGUAUUGCAAUAUUCCCGGUCUGCCCAAACCGAAUAGCCUGUUCAACCAGGGUUUGAGAUCACCCCUGUUGCUGCACAUGAUUGAGUCUGUGGAUGCGUUCUAUGAUCACGAGCCCGCGUUCCGGCGGUAUCUGGAGGAGCAUGACAUGGAUGUCACUACUGCGGCUUUGGGGCUACGAUGUCGUGAGGCGCAUACUAUACACCCAAAGCGCUUCGGUGUCACCAUAGGUCCCACUGACCAACGACUACCCGACCUGAGCAAGGACGAAUUUUAUCGCCUAUUUACGCUUGGCAAUGCAAACCUAUUGGUACGAUUUUUGGAAUUUGAGAACACGAAGGCAUGAACGACGAUUGGGAAUGAUUUAGCGAUGAGAAACAGUUUAGAGAUGGAUAGAGACGAACAUCGGAAUCUUAUGAAGGCGAUAUACCCUGUACCUAUGAAUGAAUGGAAAAACUAUGGUUACCCUCC